GCGCCUUUAAGGACUGCACAGCAAGGGAGACAGCAAAGGGACAGGACACACGUCAGUCGAGUAUAAAAUCAAUAAGAGACACAUGUAAUUGGAUAGCCCCGGCAUUGGCAAUAUGGCCGGCCCAGCAACUGCUAAGGGAACGGGGCAGUCAACUUUGCCGUUGUUAGUGUUAGUGUGGCUGUUGCACGAGCGGCGCCACUAAGCUGCAAGGACACACACAGCUGGCCAACAUGUCGGACAGAUACGCCGCCGGCUACUACGAGCAACUGCACCCGGCUCAGGCUCAAACCCAGGCCCAAGCUCAGGCCAUGUCUCACUAUGCAGCGCCUGGUUAUCGCGGCGGCUAUGGCAGCGCCUACAAUCCCUAUGGCUAUGGCUAUGGCAGCUCCAGUCCGGGCCCCGCUCCCGGCCCCGCCUCCUAUAUGCCCAGCUAUUAUCGCUAUGCGCCCUACGCCUCGCCCCACUACAGUCAGCCGUCGCCGCAUCAGCAUCAUCAUGCGAGCAUGUUCACGCCCGCUGGCCAGCAGCUGAUCCCCUCCAGUGUGCUACACUAUCCGCCUCGCCCACAUGCGCAACAUGCCUAUCAACAGCAGCAGCAGCACCAGCAACAUCAGCUUCAGCAGCACCACCAACACCAGCUUCAGCAGCAACAGCAGCACCAGCAACACCUGAGCAGCAGCAGCAGCUAUGAGCAGCCAGCGCCUGCGCUUUACAGUGCUUCCGCCUUUGGUCAGGCACGCGGCUUUGCCGCCUAUCAGCCAGCCACGUCCACGCACUAUGCAACGCCCGGACGUUCAACGACGCCGGCACCGAAUCGCACAGUGUUGCCGCCCAACUAUUUGGAGCCAUUACGCAACUACACAGAGCAGCAUCAGCAUCAGCAGCAGCAACAGAUGCAGCUACAACAGCAGCAACAACAACAGCACAAGCUCGAGGAGUUGCAGCCAGAGCAAAUCAAGCUGGAGCAUGAAGCGGACGCAAAUUCACCCAGCCAAAGAUUAACCACAUCGCCUCCACUGAUCAGUGCCACCGGCACCGAUAGCGGCAUCAGCAAUUGCAGCACGCGAGCACGCAGCGACAGCAGCCAGAGCACGCCCGUCUACAGCGGCGAGUAUCCAGUGAAUAUGUCCGUGGAGUCCGCCUCCUGUGUGUCCUAUCAUUGUCCAGCCGAUGGCAGAGACUACGAAGAAGAACAACAACAGCAGCAGCAACAACAGCAGCAGCAACAGCAACAGCAACAUCAGCGGGCUACGCACAACUGGAGUCCGGCAUCGAGACGGUCACGCACGCCGCCAGCGCCGCAGAACUCGCCCGUCGGCUAUGGGCUCUCAGCGGCUGUUGCAACGAACGCUGUGCCGCCUGCGCUGGCGCCCCUGCUGCAGCAGCAGCAGCAACAGCAGCAACAGCAGCCGCUGAGCAGCAAGCGCAAUGCCAAAAAUCGCAACAGCAACAACAAUAGCAACAACAGCAACACAAACAUCAACAACAACAACCGCAUAAUCGAAUGCGAUCUCAUACCGAGCAAGAAAUCAAAACGCAAGGCGAACAAACGGGAAACGGAAACGGAAACGGAGCAUGUAGAAGCCAUGGAGUCCACAGUGCGCGAACAAAUAAGGGAUAUCAAGCCUUUGCCUGGCUUUCAGCAGGCGUUCGGCUCCACCGAAAUCGGGCGCUUCUCGGAGCGUUUUCUGCAAACGCCCGAGAGUCUGGUCGAGCGAUUGGCCGAGGAAUACGCAGCGAGCUACAGCAGCAACAGCAACAGCAGCAGCAGCAACAGCAGCAGCAACAGCAGCAACUACAGCAGCAACAUGGGCAACAGCUACUACGAUGCCCCAAUUGGUGGGAACAUGCACGGCUAUUGGCCAUACGAGGAGCAGCAUGGCUAUGCCUAUCCGAGUCCCGGUCACCACAGUCACAGUCAAAUGUCGCGCAGUCGUAUGCGUGGCCAGCUCUAUCCCUACUAUGCGGCGGACUAUGCGGCGUAUGAGCGAUACGGCUAUGCGGCCUACAGUGCGGCGAGCAGAGCGCGCUACAACGAGAUACGCUGCAAUGGCUAUUGAAAGAGCUCACCAAAAAAAAAAAAGAAUUAAUUAAUAUAUAUAUAUAUAGAGUAUAUAUAUAUGGAUAACCUUGUCGUUUUGUCAUUUAAAGAAAAGAAAUUCUCUCUGUGUGUGCCUUUUUCGGUCAAAAUACGGCAAUGCCCCGCCCCGAAAACAGAUUGUAGAGUAUUUUAUUGUCGGGCAUUGCUGGCGUUGAUUGCGUGCAAAAUUCAUAUAUAAAAAAAAAAAAGUAUAAAAGGAAAAAACAAACAAG